AUGAGAGCUGCAAGGUACUACGGCAAGGAAGAUAUCCGGAUCGAACAGAUACCAGAGCCCCCAUGCGGUCCUAAUCAGAUCAAGAUUACCCCGGCAUUCGUCGGGAUCUGCGGGACUGAUCUCCACGAGUACCUCGGCGGCCCCAACUUCUGCCCCUCCUCCAGACAUCCCGUCACGGGCGACCAGAUUCCCGUGACGCUCGGCCACGAAUUCUCCGGCAUCAUCAAGGAAAUUGGCUCAGACGUGAAGCAGGAGCAUCUCAAGGUCGGCCUCCCUUGCGCAGUGCAGCCCACGAUUUACUGCGGCAAGUGCGCGGCCUGCAACGCCGGUGCCGAGAACGCGUGCCACACCGGCGGCUUCAUCGGACUCAGCGGCGGGGGUGGCGGCCUGAGCGAGGCGGUGUCAGUGCCCGCGGAUCAGGUCUUCCCUUUGCCCGAGGGCAUCUCCCUCGAGCUGGGCGCCUUGGUGGAGCCACUUUCGGUUGCUUGGCAUGCCGUCGCUGCCGGUUCCGUCACGCCCGGGUCGAAUGUCUUGGUGAUGGGAGGCGGUCCGAUCGGGUUGGCUGCCGUGCUGUGCUUGAAGGCGAAGGGGGUGACGAAAAUCAUAGUCGCGGAAAUUUCGUCAGCCCGGCAGCGGUUCGCAAUGGAGUUUGGCGCGGCGCAUAUCAUCGAUCCCAAGAACCAAGAUGUCACGGAGGAGGUGAUGAAGAUUACUGGUGGCAUUGGUGCCGAUGUCACCCUUGACUGUGCGGGUGUUCCGGCUAGCGUGAAAGCUGCGUGCAUGGCGGUAAAAACACGCGGCACGGUUGUCAACGUUGCCAUUUGGGAAAAGGAAAUUCCCUUCAAUCCGAAUUGGGUAACAUGGAGAGAAAGCUCGUAUAAGUCUGUCCUCGGAUAUCAGAAGGCAGAUUACCAGGCCGUGAUUGAGAAUUUGAGAACAGGAGCUCUCAAGCCUGUCUCCAUGAUCACGCGGAAGAUCCCACUUGACGACCUAGUAGAGCAUGGUAUUAAAGCUUUGAUCACGGACAAGGAUAACCAAGUCAAGGUUUUGGUUGAUCUCAGCGCUUCUCUCUGA